AUGAACGUUAGAGAGCCACUAAAUAUCGACGAUAAAGACAUCGAGCAAUACGACAACGGAAUGCCUUUUUGCACUCCAACAGCCAUGUCGUACACCCUUCAAAGACUGAAGCUAGCUACUGUGUGUCGACAAAUAGUCGAUGAGACGGCGUCCAAACAUUUCAGCGGACAAGAUGUACCCUACGAAACAAUCCUUGAGCUUGAUCGCAGAAUCCAGCAAUCAUACGCCGAAAUCCCAGACUUUUUCCGCUUUGAUCAAUCCUCCCGACGCGAAUACAUCUCGCUCUAUCACGAUCGGCCGACUAUUGCCUGGCAAAGGGCUCUUCUACAGCAAGGCUAUCAUUCUCGGCUCUGCCGUUUGCAUCGCCAGUACUUUGUUCGAGGUUCGAAGGAUCCCCGUUAUUCUUAUUCACAUAUCGUGUGCCUUCAGUCUGCGAGAAAAGUGCUAGAGGUAAAGCGGAUCAUGGAUGAAGAGGAGCCUCGAUUUACCCCACAUAGCUCGGUAGUGUGGUCAGUCAUGCAUCAUGUUUUCAUGGCGGCUGUUAUUUUGAUGAUAGAUGUGUGUUUCAACUGGGAUGAUAUUCUAGCCGAAAAAAGAAAAGAAGAAGUGCUUGACGCUUGUCGAACGCUGAAUCGAGCUCAGAAGUCUUCUUCCAUUGCGAGGGAAGGAAUCAAUGCCAUGAUGAACAUUCUACAAAAGCAUUGGAAGCUGCAAAAACGACCGGUAUCUGGCACUUUUCAGUCUGUGGUUUCACCGGUUUCUGUUCAGAAUGCUCCUGUUUCUGAAGGACAACAGGUGAUACUUUCAGGCUCCGGGAAAGAAGCUUCAGAUCAACAAGUCCGAAAUGAUAACUCGCAGCCAAUUAUGGGUGUUGGAGCAAGUUCCGAAGAAGCUCCAAUGCAUCUCGAGGAUAUUUGGUCAGAGAUGUUAGAAGAAGGUGCUCAAGUUGAGCUAGGAACCCCCGAUUGGACAGAUCUUUUGAUCGAGUUAACCAACUCAACUUUACCAUGUGAAUGA